UGAUGACUACAUGUUGAAAUGAUCAUCUUUUGGAUGAAUUGGGUUAAAUAACAUAUUGUUAAAGUAGAUGUUAUUGUCCUUGUUUUACGGAUGACAAAACAAGACAUUGGUAGACAGGAAAAAAAUCAUGGAGGCAGAUAUAAUAGCAGAUCUUCGAUGCAAGCUCAAAGAAGUUGAAGAAGAGCGACUAAAAGCUGCACAGUAUGGUUUACAACUAGUGGAGAGCCAGAACGAAUUGCAGAAUCAAUUGGAUAAAUGUCGUAAUGAAAUGAUGACCAUGACUGAGAAUUAUGAACAAGAAAAAUAUACUCUUCAGAGAGAAGUUGAGCUCAAGAGUCGAAUGUUAGAAAGUUUGAGCUCUGAAUGUGAAGCUAUUAAACAACAACAAAAAAUGCACCUGGAGAAAUUAGAAGAACAGCUGAGCAGAAGCCAUGGGCAGGAAGUGAAUGAACUAAAAAAUAAGUUAGAAAAACUGAAAGCCGAAUUAGAUGAAGCUAGGCUUAGUGAAAAGCAGCUGAAGCACAAAGUGGAUCAUCAGAAGGAACUCCUUUCUUGCAAAUCAGAGGAAAUGCGAAUAAUGUCUGAACGUGUACACGAAAGCAUCUCUUCAGAGAUGCUGGCUCUUCAAAUUGAGCUAACUGAAAUGGAAAGUAUGAAGACCACCCUCAAAGAAGAAGUGAACGAACUACAGUACAGACAAGAACAACUAGAACUUCUUAAUACUAAUUUAAUGCGCCAGGUAGACCGGCUUAAAGAAGAAAAAGAAGAGCGAGAGAAAGAAGCUGUUUCUUACUAUAAUGCCUUAGAGAAAGCUCGUGUAGCAAAUCAAGAUCUUCAGGUGCAGCUAGACCAGGCACUCCAGCAAGCCUUGGACCCUAACAGUAAAGGCAAUUCUUUGUUUGCAGAGGUUGAAGAUCGAAGGGCAGCAAUGGAACGUCAGCUUAUCAGCAUGAAAGUGAAGUAUCAGUCACUAAAGAAGCAAAAUGCAUUUAAUAGAGAACAGAUGCAAAGAAUGAAGUUACAAAUUGCCACAUUGCUACAAAUGAAAGGGUCUCAAGCUGAAUUUGAACAGCAGGAACGGUUACUUGCCAUGCUGGAGCAGAAGAAUGGUGAAAUUAAACAUCUCUUAGGUGAAAUUAGGAAUCUGGAGAAAUUUAAGAGUUUAUAUGAAAGUAUGGAAUCUAAGCCUUCAGCCAACUCUGUUGCUCUGGAAGAUGACACCUAUUACACAGAUUUACUUCAAAUAAAGCUUGAAAACUUAAACAAAGAAAAUGAAAGCACUAAAGGUGAAUUGUCCAUUCAGAGAAUGAAAGCAUUAUUUGAGAGCCAGCGGGCUCUGGAUAUUGAGCGAAAACUUUUUUUGAAUGAAAGGUGCCUCCAGCUUUCCCAAAGUGAAAAUAUGAAACUGAGAGCUAAACUAGAUGAGUUAAAACUGAAGUAUGAACCUGAAGAGAAAAUUGAAGUGCCUGUACUCAAAAAGAGGCGUGAGGUACUUCCUGUGGAUAUAACCACCCCUAACGAUAUAUGUACCACCAGUGCCGUUGAGGAAGAAGUUUAUAGAUUACCACCUCAGAAAAAGGCGGUACAGUCCUGUCGUAACAAUUUAGAAGAUAACUUGCAGUUUCAGUUGGAAAAGACAGUUUCUGCAAGCACAUCAGGAGUCAUUCUGUCUCCUUACAAAAAUCUGUCCGUGGGUAUUCAGCCAAGGAAGGAAAAGAAAUGUGUGAAACUUAUAGGACUUCCAGUUGAGUCGGAAGCCUUCAGUGAAAGAAGUGGAAACACCCCUAACUCUCCCAGGUCAGUGUCCUCUUUCCUUCAAGGCAGUGAGCAGCCCUCUCCAUCUCUUCUCUAUCGCUGCAUGAACUGCACUAUCUGUUUCUUUAUCUAUUUUCUUAGUAUUGCAUGCAGUAUAAUUCCCCAAUUUCAUCUGCCUACCUUCCGAUUUUCUAAAACUUUAAGAAAGACUAAAAUGAUCACAGGGGAAAAGGACUCCUGAAUAAGGGAGUUGUUUUAAAAAGUAACACUUUUCUACGUCAUGAGGCAGAAAUACCACAGUCUAGUACCUCUUUGAAUGUUUUGUUUGUUUGAAUAAAUGUACAGUUUUAUUUUUUUCCUGGUUCAAGAGUUGCCAUGAAAAAAAAUUAAAUUAUCUCCUAAAAGGGCUUUCCAUUAGUCUAAGAAAUUUCAGCCUUCCAAAAAACUGUAAGGUGAAAUGUUUUAUGGCUUUUGAAAUUGUUUAUCCUAAGCCUUCAAGAAUGUGCUUUAAUACCUAUUUGACAUUUUAAAAUAUCAAAGGUAAUUCAUUUUCAAUUUACACCCAAACUUCAAAGCCUCUAGUUUCUGCAUAAUUGAGUUUGUGACUAAAAGAGGAAGUGUCAGACAUGUAUGUCUGUAGGAAUUAAUGUUUUAAGGACCUUAUCCUUUAAAAAAAAAUUAAAAUAAUAGAAGGCAGAAGGUAAGAGAAAGUGAGUGGAAGGAAAAGGUAGGUACAGUGGCUGAGGUUAGGGUGGUAUAAGAAACACGUUCUUGGUGUGUGUGGCAGGACCAAGAAUGGGCAAAAAAGAAGUGAAUAUGGAAAAUGGAGAAGGUAAAAAAAGAUGAUAAAAGAUGAAGGAUGUCUUUAUGCAGUGGAAUGAUAAAUAUAAUUAAAAUAAAUAGACAUUCUAAAAAUUAAGCAUAGUGAUGGGAAAAUAGUUAGCUUGGAUUGUCUGCUGUGAAAGGAGGUCUUUAAGGUACUCCCAGGGUCAGUCUUUGAUGGAGGGGUACAGAAUUAGACAUUUUACUAGUAUGCAUUCGAAUUGAAAUAGUAA